AUGGAUAAAUUACCAAGUAUCGCGGUAAUCCACGUUGAGAAGAAAGCUGAUCGAAAAGUACUCGAAGGAGCAAACGGUGAGGAACGAACACUACAGUUUCCUGUAAAACUUGAUCUGGAGCGUCCAAAACGACCACGUACGAUUUUUUCCGAUAAUCAACUUCGCCUUCUUGAAGAAGCUUUCCAGAAAAAUGGCUAUCUCACCGGAGAAGAUCGACUUGAAUUAGCCACACGUCUGGCUCUCAGCGACACUCAGGUAAAAGUUUGGUUUCAAAAUCGUCGAACUAAAAAUAGAAAGAAGGUUGUGAAUGAGAAAACGAGCACUAUCGCAACUCCACCACCCAGUUCCAAUUCGGUGCCGAAAAGCGCUUCCAUCCAAGACCUACCGCAUCGCUCAGGCUUCAUCUACCCACAUCAAUUUAUGAGAUCCAAUACAUUCUAUCCUUUUGUGCCAACCGCGAUCUCUGAACAAAUCUCAUUUCUACACGAUCUAUAA